AUGGACGAUUCCAGUCCGCCACGGUCCCCGGAUGCGAAUCCGACGAAGAACAUGCACAAGCUUGCCGCUAUCCUCGGUAUUGUGUCAAUAUUCUGGAUCACCUUACUAUCAUUCAUGAAAUACAAACCGAACACCGGUCCAAUACCAUCAUGGUUUCACGUCUAUAACACCUUAUCACUUGUUGGAUGGGCCACUUGGGUGGUCUACUAUACCAUGAUCGAUUCUAAACGAGAGAAAAAUCCCACGCCGAACAAGCCCCAUGAAGCAUGGAAUCUUCUGCAUAUCGUACCGAUAGCACUCCUCAAUGUCACCGUCUACAAGAGUUUGUCAGUCAAGAACAAGGCGCAACUCUGGUUCUUCGCCUUGAUGGUAUUUCGAUACUACCGUACUGUCGUCACCAGAUUCUUCUAUUUUCGAUACAAGGUGGCUAAACCGAUAUCUGGAGGAUCCAAAUUCAACUCAAAAGACUGUACAGUUAUUGUGCCGACAGUCGGCCCAGGAGAAGAUUCGACUAGGUUCGCAAAUAUGGCUACAGCGAUCCUUCUUAACAAGCCAGCGCGUCUAAUCUUCUCCGCUAACAAUAAAAAGGCUGAAAAAGAUAUCAAAGAAGUGAUGAAGGAAUUGCAAGUGACCCUUGCAAAGAAUAUCGAUAAUCCAAUAAGAAUAUCCCUACAAAGAGACAAAGAUGAGCCAAAGGACGUGGGUCCAAUGGACUUGGAUCCAACGGAAGUGGAUACAAGAGUCGGAUGGACAUAUGUCAAUCACUCCAACAAGCGGAAACAGACCUGUCAGGCCAUCGGGAAGGUGAACCAGGAGGGAAAAAAUCGUGUAAUGACGGAGGUCAUCAUUUUGGUCGACGAUACUGCGAUCUGGCAUAAGAAUCUCUUGGAAGCAACUCUCCCAGCUUUCAAUGACCCAGAAGUAGGACUCGUUGGUACGCACAAGUCGGUUGUAUACCAGCGUCUUGAAACUCGGCCUCCGCAACCCGGAGACGAUGAGCCAGCCACACCUGCAUUCGAUACGGCUCAAACGCAAGAAUAUUUUCCCGAACAAGAAAUACUUCAACCCAAAAAAGGUCGCAGGCCUGAGGAUAUGGGCUGGUUGGAGUACUGCGUGCAAUGGUAUUGGGCAGGCAUGUGGAACACCAUGGGCGCGCUAUAUCUUAUGCGCCACAGCUACGAGACAGAGGCAUCUAAUACCGCUGAUGGUGGUGUUUUUGCCGUGUCUGGUCGAACCAUGCUCGUCCUGGCUGAAAUAGUACAAGAUACAAAGUUCAAAGAGGAGUUUUUAGAGGAAUAUGUUGGGGGCAGCGUCUUCACAUGGCUGGCAUGGCUUACUAGUUGGCAUGUCCCGUUGAUGGGAUAUUUACUCGCUGGAUUCAAGAGUAUUGGCCUAACGGAAAAGGGAGUCGGGCCAUUGCUUGCAGAUGACGACAAUUUCAUCACACGAUGGGUCAUUGACCAUGGGCAUAGCAUCAAGAUCCAAUCUUCGCCUGAAGCAACCAUGUCCACUGCAAACGCUGGAGUCGCACGACGUUUCGACAAAACCCAAUAG